ACGUGGGAAGGGAGGGAUUCGGACACAAACAAAUGUCUUCGGCUUUUCAUUCGGGGUCCGUUACAGAUGACCGUGACAUGUUUGGUGGAAAUAACAGAGAACUUCGUCACGUUUGAAACAUGUGGCUCAAACCUGAAGAAAUCCUGCUGAAAAACGCGUUUAAACUGUGGGUGACCGAAAAGGAUAAUGAGUAUUUCGUGCUGCAGAGGCGGCGCGGGUGCGGAGAAGGUGGCGGCGGGCUCGCAGGCCUCCUCGUGGGAACUCUGGAUACUGUUUUGGACUCCACAUCCAAAGUUGCCCCCUACCGGAUUCUGCACCACACACCAGACUCACAAGUGUACUGGUCAAUAGCAUGUGGUGUUACCAAAGAGGAGAUUGUUCAGCACUGGGACUGGCUGCAGCAGAACAUCAUGAGGACCCUUUCCGUUUUUGACUCCAGUGAAGACAUCACCAGCUUCGUACAGGGCAAGAUCAGAGGCCUUAUUGCUGAGGAGGGGAAGACGUCUCUGGUCCUGGAGGAUGAUCCAGAGAAAUUCCGAGAAGCCUUUCUGCGGUUUGAGAAGUGGUUUGAGCUGUCCCCGGAGGAAAAGCUGGUCACAUACUACUCGUGCAGCUACUGGAGAGGCAAAGUGCCGUGCCAGGGCUGGCUCUACCUCAGCACUAACUUCCUGUGCUUCUAUUCGUACCUUCUGGGAUCUGAGGUAAAACUGGUCAUCUCCUGGGAUGAGAUCUGGAGACUGGAGAAGACCUCUAAUGUGAUUCUGACUGAGAGCAUCCAUGUGUUGGCUAAUGGAGAGGAUCAUUAUUUCUCCAUGCUGCUGCACCUCAGUGAAACCUUCCUCAUCAUGGAACAGCUGGCCGACUACUCCAUCAAGCGGCUUUUUGAUAAGGAGGCAUUUGAGAAAGAGCCAGCGUUGUCGGACCCCCUGCAAAUUACCAAGAGAGGCCUAGAGGCUCAUGGGAAGAGUGAGCAAUUCCGGACGUUUUUCAGGCUUCCGCAAGAGGAAAACUUACUACAGAUGCACGAGAGCUUCUUGUGGGUGCCGUUCAGCCAUUUCAACACUCUUGGUAAAAUCUGCCUCUCUGAGAACUACCUGUGUUUCGCCAGUCAGGAUGGAAGCCAGUGUCAUGUCAUCAUUCCAAUGCGAGAGGUAAUCAAUGUUGAGAAACCGGAUGCUGGCAGCAGGGCUUUAACCGUUUGCGUGCGUGGCAAGAGAGCGCUGCGUUUCUCCGAGGUGCGGGACUACCAGCAGCUGGCGAACGCCAUCCGCAGCAGGUGUGGGAUCAGUGCCAGCCCACAGCAUUCGGUCUCGCCAGAGGCCAUACGGGGCGAAUGUCAGUCACUCAUAAAUCACUUCGAGGACAACCCGGAGGACGUGACUCUCAUGGUGGGACAGAAAGACAGCAGCAAGGCUGUGAGCACGGAGGCUCUCAUGACCGUUUUCCACCCCCAGGAUGUGGAAAACCUUGAUCCCAAAAUGCUCAAGGAGAAGAUGAAGGAGCAGUCUUGGAACAUCCAUUUCUCUGAGUAUGGACGUGGGACAAGUAUGUUCUUCACCAGAAAGACUCGAGACUUGAUUGUUCGUGGAGUUCCCGAGGCUUUGAGGGGAGAGCUGUGGAUGCUGUUUUCAGGAGCUGUAAAUGACAUGGCCACCCACCCCGGCUACUACACGGAGCUGGUGGAGCAGUCUUUGGGCACAAGCACUCUGGCUACAGAUGAGAUUGAGAGAGACCUGCACCGCUCUCUGCCGGAGCAUCCCGCCUUCCAGAGCGACACGGGGAUCUCCGCUCUGCGCAGAGUCCUCACUGCCUACGCCUCCAGGAACCCCAAAAUUGGAUACUGCCAGGCCAUGAACAUUCUCACGUCAGUUCUCCUCUUAUACGCAAAAGAAGAGGAAGCUUUCUGGCUGUUGGUCGCCGUCUGUGAGAGGAUGCUGCCAGAUUACUUUAACCGCAGAAUUAUUGGUGCUCUGGUCGACCAGGCUGUCUUCGAGGACCUGAUCAGAGAGAACCUCCCCCAGCUGGUGGAGCACAUGACAGACCUGAGUUUCUUCUCGUCCGUGUCGUUGUCUUGGUUUCUCACUCUUUUCAUCAGCGUCUUGCCCAUCGAGAGCGCUGUCAACGUGGUGGACUGUUUCUUCUACGACGGCAUCAAAUCUAUCCUGCAGCUCGGCCUUGCUGUGCUCGACUACAACAUGGAGGCUCUGAUCAGCUGCCAUGAUGACGCUGAAGCGGUCACCAUCCUCAACAAAUUCUUUGAUAGCGUGACAAACAAAGACAGCCCGUUGCCUCCAACAGUCCAGCAAGCUUCAGUGGGCAGUAACGACAAAGCAUCUCACGUCAGUGUCGAUAUCAGCGAGCUGAUCCGAGAAGCUUAUGAGAAGUAUGGACAUAUCCGUUCAGAGGAAGUGGAGAGUUCCCGGAAGAGAAACAAACUGUAUGUGAUCCAGACACUGGAGGAUACAACCAAGCAAAAUGUUAUCCGCGUGGUGUCCCAAGAAGUGCAGUUUAACGUCUCACAGCUUGAUGAGCUUUAUAAUUUGUUCAAGAGACAGCAUUUCCUCAGCUGCUACUGGACGAUGAAGAGUCCAGCUCUGCUCCACCAUGACCCCAGUCUGGCGUAUUUGGAGCAGUACCAGUUGGGUUUCCAACAGUUCGGCGGGCUGUUCUCCCUGCUGGAGCCCUGGGCCUUCUGCUCCUCCAAGAGCACCCUCUCUCUCUGGGUGUUCCGGCUCAUCGACGAGAACCAGGACGGUCUGAUCAACUUCAAAGAGUUCUGCUCGGCUCUUGAUACUUUAUACAGCGGAUCUUUCACAAAUAAGCUGAAGUUGCUCUUCAAGCUGCACCUGCCACCAGCUUUCACAGGUAGUCCUUUGCACUCAAAGGAAGAAAGAAUCCAGCACUUUAUUCCUCUGGCUGAAGACUCUUCUCACUUGAGUAGACUGACUGCCUUUGAUCUUCCAGAAGACGGUGUAAUCAGAAAAAGCCCAGAGAGAGGCAGGGGGAAGGUUGAUCUGCAGGCUUAUCUGAAACAAUGGCAAAAUGAAAUUCUUAAAAAGGAGGAAACCAUCAAGGACCUACCCAGAAUUAAUCAGUCUCAGUUCAUCCAUUUCUCCAAGACCCUCUACAAUAUUUUCCACGGGGAUCCCGAGGAGGAGUCCCUGUACCGGGCUGUUGCCCAUGUGACCAGCCUCCUCCUGAGGAUGGAGGAGGUGGGACGCAGGCUGCAGGGGCCGAGCAGCCCGCCCGCGACGCAAAACCCAGCCAAGGCCGCUGCUGAGCCUUCAGCCGAAGACGCCUCCGUCUCUCCGGACAGCUCAGACACAUCCAGCUCCCCCAACAGCCAGGAUGCAGCACCCGACCGCUCAGAGACGGAGUGGUCCUUCUCGUUCGAGCAGCUCCUAGCGUCUCUGCUCAACGAGCCAGUGAUAGUCAGCUUCUUCGAAAGGCCAGUCGAUAUUCAGACCAAACUGGGACAGGCUAGAGCCGCCCAGCUGAAGAGUAAGGCGAAUAAGUGAAGGGAUACAAAACUGAGGUGAUGGUCUACUAAAGAGUCAUAUCCAGAGGUUAAAAUCAGUCUCCCUUUUCCACUUGGAGAGGGCAGCAGAAGAAGAGACAUCAGAGUGCGCGAGUUUAAAUUAUUGUUAUUGAUCAUCCAAAUGAUCAACAACAAUGGCUGAGGGAACACGAAAUAUCUUAAAGACACUGCAAACGUCCACUGAUCAGCAGCGUCAGUGUUUUAAAGCCACUUCUUGUUGCAGACACACAGACUGACGGGUUGAUCCUUAAAUCUUAUUAUGCAUUUUAAACUUUCAUCGUCUCAUGUAGCUACAUUUCUCAAUCUUUCAAGUCAAAUUUAGAUCUGUAUACUUUUGUAUCGUCUAAUGAAGCAUAGUAACUCCUCUCCGUUUUGAGAAAAAUGACAAAAGCCUAUAACAAGUAGAGUAGAUAGAAAUGGCUGAGAGUGCACAAGAGGAUUCUCCAUCUCAGUCUCUCGGUGUAUAUAGACUUUCAUAGUAGUAGCCACCGCUUUAAAGUGAAACCACUGUCCAUGCUAGUUUGCCCUGUGACUCAUUAAAACGUCAACUUGCUAUCAGAAACACCAGCUUAGUUAAUAAUAGGACUUAACGAGUAGUUUAGCAAGGUCAGGGCAAUUUGUAGUUUUGUCCCUGGAAGCCAUAAACUAAUCGCAGAUAAUCUGACUGAAGAUGUCGACUAUGUUUUAUGGUUAAAAAACAAAAACCCAAAACAAAACAAAGAUUUAAUUUGAAGUAAUACACAUCUGCAAUAACACCCACGAGAGGAAACUGAACUGUCACAGCACAAAAGGUUGCUGCAUCACAGCAUGAUGUCAUGCGUCAGAUCUGAAUUACAGGCCAUGUAAUUGUAAAUGUUUAUGCUGCCGCUGCUGCAUCGUCCUGUGGGGGUGUGUGUGUGUGUGUGUGUGUGUGUGUGUGUGUGUGUGUGUGUGUGUGUGUGAGAUGUUCACAGUAUGAUCGGUUGAUGUAUUGUUUGCAUGUCGGUCUCACUUUGUGUACUUUAGGAUGUUUCGCUCUGGUGUGCAGCGUUUUGUACGAGUCAGUUCACUAGCCGUUUUAAUUAUUGUAUUUAAGAGGCUUGUAUUGGAAAUAGCUGACUGUUGUGGACAUCUUUCACCUUUUUUGAAGGAUAUUUUGUUUUAUCAAAUCUCAGGGUGAUAAUUAUGAAAGGGAAAAACAAUAUUUUUCAACCUGGGAUGUAUAGAGUAUAUGACAGAGUUCUACAUAACCUCCAUCUUAUCUGUGAUAGAUAUAUAGUAUAUUGUUAACAAGGUUGGCCAGAGCUUGGCAAACUGCUGCUGCUUGCCACAGGAGGAUGGAUUUUAAAGCAUUUCUGUUCUAUUUAGUUUUAUUGUUUUAUUCUGCUACUCUUGCUUCGUGUCUCAGUGAGUAAUUUGCACAGUUUGAGAUUCACAAGCUGUAGAUGUGCCUGUAUCUCAGCCAGAUCUGGGAGGCGUGGGAUCCCUAAAGGUCAUGACCGCUUCAGCUGCAGCUUGUCAUCUCCAGGGGCUGAAAUUUAUAGAUGUAUAAAGCUUUACAGGAUGCCUGCUUGUGUUGGAGAUAACGUUUGUUUUUGGUGCUUUUGAAAUGCAGCUUCAGUGUUCUGUUGUUCGCUGUUUUUUUUUUUUAUUAUUAUUUUUUGCAUUUUUAAUUAUAUUCUUUUUCUUCUUGACCACUUUUUGUCUCUUAAGAAGAAAUAGGAACAACCAGAGUUGUAUUUCAUCAUUGAAUUAUUGUAACAAUUUGACUUGUAUUGUUGAAAUAUGUUGUACAAUUUCAAGAAGAAAAUCUCAGAAAUGCACCCCAAAUGUUUUAUGUUGUGACUCUUUAAAUCCAAAACUUAAUAAAUUUAUAUGAAAACUCUAAUCAGUCCUGAAAUGAAACAGGAGCUCAAAUCUUAACUUUAAAAAAAAGUCACAUCUGAGAUGUUUUUUCCCUUUAAGUCUAUGUGCCUGUCUGCGUUGUCUAAAUUUUAUAUUAUUCUAAAAUGCAAUUAAGAGCCUCGUAAAUUAAGAAGUGUGUGGUCAUGGGUUACUGCAUGCUUAAACAGUUCCUGGUUAUUUAAUGGUAUCCUAAAGUUUAGUUUCAAGAAUUUACUUCUUGAUCUUUGUGAAAGUAAUCUAAAACAUUGGAAAAAAAAUAUUCUGAUUUUUAUGCUAAGCAUUUCUUUUUUUUCACACUUCUUUUUAAAGGUCUUUUUUUCCUGAAGGGAAUAUAAAUGUUCAGAAGAACAGAGGAGCAAAUGUCAGUCUUUUACAUGUAAAGCUUUAGAUCCAACAGUUGUUUUGCAAAAUAUGUGAUGAUUGAAUGUUACGUUUGCUUGCCUGAGUUCUAUUGUUUCCAUACGAAUGGACCAGAAUAAAGAGGGAUGAUUCAAUGA